UUAUAUGUCAACAAUGUUAAUUGCUAAAAAUAUUAAUACAAUGUCAAUUCAUAUUAUAUAAUUUAAUAUAACCCCACGACCCCUAGUCUAAACAUUGGUUAAAAUACUACACUAUUUAUGGGAGAAAUUAUUAUCUGGUCACAUUUAGUUUUCCAUUUCUUUCUUUCAUCCGCUAUCUCUUUCGCUCAAUUGAUCUGAUUUCGUUUAUGAAGUUAGAUUCUAAAGAAAAUAAUUUCUAAGUUGGUAAUAUUAUCUUAGUCUAGAAACUUUAAUAUUAUAUAAAGUGUGAAAUCCAAUUUUAAGCCUUUUUAUUUUAUUAAAUAUCUAUAAAAUUAUUCUUUGUUACAUAAAUUGUUAUGACUAGCCAUAUUCGUAAACACUUUCUUUUAUUCUUACCCGACUGAUUUGAGUAGUGCAUAAACGUCAAUGUCAUUUUCGGAUAUCUCUCUUUUAUAUACUAGAAAUCGCAUAUAGCUUGCUUUUUCUCUAGUUACUGCUGUCAUCUCUAAGUUGCUCUAUCAAAUGGUUGCGUUAUACUUGUGUGGGUGUAGAAUAUUGAGGUUAUAGCGAAUUGAAUUAAAAAUAAUAUAUUGAAUUUAGACUGUAUAAAUAACUGCUCAAUGAAAAACCGCCCAAAAUGGCUCUGCUCGGCGCUCAACUGGUUAUAACUCUGAUAAUGGUCUCAGUGAUUCAAAAACUGGGGAAUUAUUCGUUCGCGAGAUGGCUAUUAUGUUCGACAGGGUUGUACCGGUACUUGUAUCCUGAUAACAAUGAGUUGAAGACUCUGGCUGGUGUGCCAAAGGAUAAGCCGAAGGGGAAGAAAGGGGGGAAACAUGAGUCGAAUGGGAAGGCAGAGACGUUUCAUGUCCCUCGGAGCCUGGAGAUACAGCUAGAGACGGCGCCGGUGACUGCUUUGGACGUGAUACACUUGAGAUAUUACACAGAGUAUCAGUGGAUAGUUGAUUUCUCACUUUACACAAGUAUUGUGUAUAUUUUGUCAGAGAUCUACACAUCAAUAUUUCCUCUAAAAGAUGAGUUCAACCUGAGCAUGGUGUGGUGUUUGUUGGUGGUUCUCUUCUCAUUUAAGAUCCUGCUAACCCUCACCAAGCAGUACUUCACCAGCGAAGAGUCCAUCGGGGAGCGAUCCACCUGCAUCGUGGCCUUCUGCGUGUUCCUCCUCAUCGCUAUGAUGGUGCUGAUCGUGGACGAGAGCCACCUGGAGGUCGGGGUGGACCCGGCUUAUGACAGCUUUUAUGAGAACGCCCAUAAGUUUCUGGAGAACCAGGGGCUUUCUUCUGUAGGGCCAGCAUCCAAGUUGAUCUUGAAGUUCUCAUUCGCUAUCUGGGCAGCGAUCAUCGGGACCCUGUUCACGUUCCCUGGACUCCGAGUGGCCAGGAUGCAUUGGGACUCGUUAAGAUACUACGGCGACAACAAAUUGAAGAGUUUCCUCCUGAACGCCAACUUCGCAAUGCCCUUCGUGCUCGCGCUGCUGUGGGUCCGGCCCGUCGCCAGGCACUACCUCACCGUCCGCGUGUUCAGCGGCAUGGACAAACCUUUAAUGACAGGUGCCGCCUUCGACACCCUCCGUUUGGCGUUAGUAGCAGCAUCAGUAGUUCUACGUGUAUGUCUGAUGCCGCGACAACUGCAAGCCUAUCUGGACAUGGCGCAGAGGAGACUAGACGCGCAAAGGAAAGAAGCUGGCCGAAUUACUAACGUGGACUUGCAGAAAAAGGUGGCCUCAGUAUUCUACUACCUCUGCGUAGUAGCCCUCCAGUAUAUCUGCCCCAUCAUAAUGUGCCUCUACUUCGCGCUCAUGUACAAAACUCUAGGCGGCUACGGCUGGGCCGACCUGUUCUAUGAGAGAAACGAAAUGUGCAGUCCCGAGGACAAGGUCCUUCCAGAAGGACUAGAUUUAGAGCAGUAUCAGAUGGCCUGGGAGAAUCUUAAGAUGGUAUUUACUCAAGAAGUAUACCGAGGUGUGUUCGGGUUCGCGACGUGGUGGUCGCUGUUCGCGUGGUUCGCGACCACAGCGCUCGGGCUCGCCUACCAAACCUACUUCCGCAUCUCGUGAUACCCUGGUAUCACCGGGUAUUAUUACAGUAGGGUUUUGAAUUUUGUUUUAUAGGUUUAAGGUCCAAAAUGAGAUGCAGUAGAUUCAGAUCUGGAGAUACUUUAAACAAUACAAUUUUUCUCGUCUAUUACCUACUAUUAUAUCCUCAAUAAUCAACGCGGCGACAAAAAUAAUUGACCAGGGUUUUAUCGCAAAGAAUCUCACAUUUUGCAAAACAAAUGAAUUGUAUAAUGUGGACUCGCUUUUUUACCCCCAGGCAACACUAAACUGUACGAUCGUCUAAAGUCCUAAAUACGUACAAACGUUCAAACUGUUCUGAAGGCCAAUAAAAUUAGAUCCAUAAAAAGCGUUCUGAGGAGUUAAUUCCCAGCAAGCUGGAAUUCAUUUUUAUACCUUCAUUUGGUCCUAAAUGCGUGUAAUCCAAGUUGGCUUAAUCCCAGGAGUGUGCAUACAUUUUGGUGCCUUAGGAGAUAUUUUUUAUCCUUGGAUUGCCAAAUCACUCGACGUAGAAGGAACCCACCAUCGAUAACAAUGGCACUAUCAGCAAGGUUUGGUGCACCAGAGACUGGUGAAAAGGCGUUUUCGGAUUUUUAACAUGAUCAUACCAAGAAUAAAUAAAUUCAAAAUGGCGGCAAUUUCUUACAACUUGGACUACGAAUUCAUAUUGAGGUUCCUUUAGGAUCCUCAGAUAUCAAUUUUUAUUAUGAUUAGAACAAAUUUUCCGUCGGUCGUACCGUUUUCGAUCUACAAGCAAAAAAAUGAAAAGCAAAAUUUUAUGCAUACGCCCUGGGUUUGCGCAAAGUCGGAUUACACACAUUUAGGACCAAGUGGGGAAUUCAUUCUUGGAAAAAAUCUAAUUUGAUUGGCCUACUGGUAGUAUUUUUGGCUAUUAAUAAGACACAACCAGAAAUCCAGUAUUCUGAGGGCAGAAUAGCUAAGCAAUCUUAUGGGUUUCUGUGUAUAUAUUGUACAAAAUCACUUUUCAUCAACAUGUUAAUACAUACAUAUUGGUAAAAAAUUAGUCAAGUGUUAAAUAUUUAAGGUUAAUAACUUAUAUGUAUUUUGGUUUGUUCGGCUGUUGAUUGACGUUUAGUAUGUAUUAUGUUUUAAGACUGCGUUUGUGUAAAUCCCAGUCGGUUUCUGUUGAAAAUCGGUAUUGUGUUAAGCCAAUUUUGCAUUUGACUGUACAUUUAGGAAAUUGUGUCAAAAUCUCUAUUCAUUAGUGCUUCUAGUCUAGUCAUAUUGUUCAGUCAGCAUAAUCUUCGUAAGAAUAGCCUUUUUUAUGCACAUUAUAUUUCUUUUAUCGUUGACUGUAUUGUUUGUGUAAAUAAUGUAGAUAUAGCUCC